ACGGACUGCACUCGGCCGGAGGAAACGAACGUACACGUGCACGUCGACAUCGCGCGCUCACGCUGCUGGUUGUGCUGUCACGAGCCUUAUUCGAACCGCGGAGUGGGGGUUGGAGAAGUAGAAGGACAUUAAUUAUACAGGACAUCUUAUUUACAACAUUUGGUGGCUAAUAAUAAGAGCCAGGCUAGAAUUUCAUAUUGCUGGUUAGCAGUUAAGACUCUUUGCUGAGUUAUUCCGGUCAACCGGUGAUGUAUUCCUAUAUAUAUGUAUACAUAUAUCCUAUGUGUAUUGCUAGCCAACCAACCAACCAGUCAGUCAGCCAGCCAGCUAGCUAGCUGUUAAGCUAGCUUUACGGUGCGUGACUCGAAGUAACUUACUAUUAUAUUCUCCGACGUUAUUUUCAUUAACACGUCUGACUGCAUUCAUCUUAGAAACGUACACACAGUGGGUGGUUUUAUUAUUAGUGAAUUAUUGUUGUAACCGUUAGCUGUAAUGCGCGUCGCUUCAUAUCCUAGCUAACGUUAUAUACGGAUUGAAUGAAAUAACGUUGGCUCGCUAUAGCCAGCGGAAACUAGCUAGUUAACAGGGUAGGGAUAACGUUAACUUAUCCUGUUGUUGGUUGAUCCACCGCCAUCUAGCUAAUCUAGCAAAUGCUAUCUGAGCUAGCCACCCACAAGCAUACAGUGAGCUUGGUAGGUAAUAGUAAAUCUUAAAGUAGUAGUAGACAGUCGGACCUGCAAAGUAGCUAGCUACUGCUGAAGUUGGACAUCUUCCACUCUAGUCCAGUGUGAAAAGCUGACCAGCGUCAGUUCAUUUUUACGGACAAGGCCGGAGUGAGGACAGAAACCUGCAAAAAUGCCGGCUGUCUCGAAAGGAGAUGGGAUGCGUGGAUUGGCUGUUUUCAUUUCGGAUAUUAGAAACUGUAAGAGCAAGGAAGCUGAGAUCAAACGGAUCAAUAAAGAGCUGGCCAACAUUCGCUCCAAGUUCAAAGGAGACAAGGCUCUGGAUGGCUACAGCAAGAAGAAGUAUGUCUGCAAGCUGCUUUUCAUCUUCCUGCUUGGCCAUGACAUUGACUUUGGACACAUGGAGGCAGUCAACCUGCUGAGCUCCAACAAGUACACAGAGAAGCAGAUUGGCUACCUGUUCAUCUCAGUACUGGUAAACAGCAACAGUGAGCUGAUCCGUUUGAUCAACAAUGCUAUCAAAAAUGACCUGUCCAGCCGCAACCCCACCUUCAUGUGCCUGGCGCUUCACUGUAUUGCAAAUGUGGGAAGCCGCGAGAUGGCUGAGGCCUUUGCUAGUGAGAUCCCUCGGAUCCUGGUUGCUGGCGAUACAAUGGACAGUGUGAAACAAUCAGCUGCGCUGUGUCUGCUGCGGCUCUAUAAGACUUCUCCUGACUUGGUGCUGAUGGGUGAGUGGACGUCCCGCGUGGUGCACCUGCUCAACGACCAACACAUGGGUGUGGUGACAGCAGCAAUCUCGCUCAUCACCUGUCUGAGCCAGAAAAAUCCAGAUGAGUUCAAGACCUGCGUUUCCCUGGCUGUUUCUCGACUCAGCAGAAUUGUAUCGUCAGCCUCCACUGACCUGCAGGAUUAUACCUACUACUUUGUGCCAGCGCCAUGGCUCUCCUGUAAGCUGCUGCGCCUGCUGCAGUGCUACCCACCACCAGAAGAUGGUGCUGUCAAAGGACGUCUAGUAGAGUGUUUGGAGACCAUCCUCAAUAAGGCCCAGGAGCCACCCAAGUCCAAGAAGGUGCAGCACUCCAAUGCCAAGAAUGCAAUCUUGUUUGAGGCUAUCUCACUUAUCAUCCACUAUGACAGUGAGCCAAACCUGCUUGUGCGUGCCUGUAACCAGCUGGGCCAGUUCCUGCAGCACAGAGAGACUAACCUGCGCUACCUGGCUCUGGAGAGCAUGUGUACUCUGGCCAGUUCUGAGUUUUCCCAUGAAGCUGUCAAGACGCACAUUGAGACUGUCAUCAAUGCCCUCAAGACUGAGAGGGAUGUGAGUGUUCGACAGAGGGCAGCUGAUCUUCUAUAUGCCAUGUGUGAUCGCAGCAAUGCCAAGCAGAUUGUAGCUGAGAUGCUAAGCUACCUUGAGACGGCAGACUACUCCAUCAGAGAGGAGAUGGUGCUGAAAGUGGCCAUACUUGCAGAGAAGUAUGCCAUUGAUUACUCCUGGUACGUGGACACCAUUCUGAACCUGAUCCGCAUUGCUGGCGACUAUGUCAGUGAAGAGGUGUGGUAUCGUGUCAUUCAGAUUGUCAUCAACCGAGAUGAUGUGCAAGGCUAUGCCGCCAAGACAGUCUUUGAGGCCUUGCAGGCCCCAGCGUGCCAUGAGAAUAUGGUGAAAGUUGGAGGCUAUAUUUUGGGAGAGUUUGGUAACCUAAUUGCUGGUGACCCACGCUCCAGCCCCCUGGUCCAGUUCAACCUUCUGCACUCAAAGUUCCAUCUGUGCUCCGUGCCGACUCGUGCCCUGCUACUGUCAGCCUACAUCAAGUUCAUCAAUCUGUUUCCAGAGACCAAGGCCACCAUCCAAGAGGUGCUGCGCUGUGAUAGCCAGAUCCGCAACUCAGAUGUGGAGCUGCAGCAGCGAGCUGUCGAGUAUCUGAAGCUUUCUUCCAUCGCUAGCACCGAUGUCCUGGCCACUGUUUUGGAAGAGAUGCCUCCCUUCCCAGAGAGGGAGUCAUCAAUUCUGGCUAAACUGAAGAAGAAGAAGGGCCCCGGUGCUGUGUCUGUGACAGAGCUGGAAGACAGCAAAAGGGAGGGCGGGGAGUUGAAUGGAGGGGGUGACCGGGGGCCAGACACAGCAGCCAUGGCUGCCUCCAACACUUCCACCCCGUCACCAUCAGCAGACCUCCUUGGGAUUCGUUCUGCUGCUCCUGUUGGUGCUGCUCCAUCCAGCGCUGGCAGCUUAUUGGUGGAUGUGUUCUCUGAGGCAGGGCCUACCGCACCUUCUGCUGCUGUGAAUGACGACGGCUUCCUAAGCUCUGCUCCUCCCUCUGAGGAUCCUGCUCCUCCUCUGUCUGAGGCAGAUGAACUUCUUAACAAGUUUGUGUGCAAGAACAACGGGGUUCUGUUUGAGAAUCAGCUGCUACAGAUUGGCAUCAAGUCAGAGUAUCGUCAGAAUUUGGGGAGAAUGUACUUAUUCUAUGGUAACAAGACAUCAGUGCAGUUUGCCAGCUUCACCACCACAGUUAGCUGUCCUGGGGAGCUGCAGUCUCAGCUUAACGUUCAGACCAAACCAGUGGAACCUCUGGUAGAGGGUGGAGCCCAGAUCCAGCAGGUCCUCAACAUCGAAUGUCUGUCCGACUUUUCUGAAGCCCCCCUGCUCAACAUCAAGUUCAGAUACGGAGGAGCUCUGCAGAACUUGACCCUCAAGCUCCCUGUCACCAUCAACAAGUUCUUCCAGCCCACAGAGAUGUCCUCUCAUGACUUUUUCCAGCGCUGGAAACAGCUUAGCCAGCCUCAGCAAGAAGCACAAAAGAUAUUCAAGGCCAACCACAGCAUGGACACUGAAGUACUUAAGGCUAAGCUACUGGGACUAGGAACGGCCCUGCUGGACAACGUCGAUCCAAACCCAGAGAAUUAUGUGUGUGCUGGAGUGAUCCAGACAAAGAGUCAGCAGGUUGGCUGUCUGCUAAGACUGGAGCCAAAUGCCCAGGCACAGAUGUACCGCCUGACUCUGCGCUGCAGCAAGGACUCUGUGUCCAGACGUCUGUGUGAGCUGCUGGCCCAGCAGUUCUAGUGUCCAGACCUCCACCAUGACCAGUACUCCCACCAUCCCCACCAGCGAGCCCUCCUGCCACACCUCUCCGCCUCCCUCCUACAAAGGAUCUUUGAGUACAAAAAAGGUGUAACCUACAUAAGGGAAAAGCAGCCGCUGCUAGCAGCAGCAGCAAUAUUAUUGUCAUUAUUCUUGUCCCAGAUUCUGGUUCCAGUUCAUUUUCUGAUUGUUUAUUAACAUAAUGCUACAUUCUUGUUUUUGUGGGUGUUUACCUGUGUAGCCGGUGUGUGUGUGUGUGUGUGUGUAGCCAGGAAUGUGCGUCCCACAGUUGUGCUGGGGUUUUAUUCUGCGCCAUCCUGACUGCUCUGUAACAGGGAGAGAUUUUCAUUUGCAAUGGCAGAACAUUCCUUUAAAUCAAAUGGGAGAAGCUGUUUGUUGCACACACAUGCACACAUGAUUCCUCCAUUCCUCAUGGGAACCCACUAAUGAAGUGAGAUCUGAGGGUCCAACACUCUUUUUGCCUCUCCCCACUCAUUUAUAUCAAGCAUUCUUACUGAAAAUGCACUUAAAGUAUUGGGGUCCUCGUUGAGACCCUCCAGCAUGAGCACCCUUACUUUUCUUCUAAAUUACUUGCUUCCUCUUGAGAAGCCCUUUAAUAGGCCUUCAUUUCAAUGAAUUAGUACAUUUUUGUUAUUGAUGUGUAUGUAAAUAUGUGCCAGUUGAUUACUUUGUGUUCUGAAACAUUUCCAUCAUACUGGUUUCGAAGGAUAGCACAGAAUGGGGACACUGUGUAGGUGAUAGGUAGUGGGAUGACACCUGCGCUGUUAAAAUUGUCUAUAGAUCUGUUUGAGUUUGACUCGUCUGCUGCCUGGGAGUUGGUUCCAGGAGCUUGUCUUUGAAAAGCUCACAAAGGUGAGAUCUAGGCAUGCUCUAGUUUUGUAAGAGACCUCAGAGAUGAGAACUAACUGGUUAAUUGCUGAAAGUAUGUCCAGUUAAGUUCCCCACCUCCGAUAAAGAGCAGUGCACAGCUGCUCCCCUAAGCUUUUGAAUGAGAAGCACCUGGGACUGUGGGUAAGACGGAUCCAAAUAAGCUUUACAGCCUCUUUGAGCCUCCAUGGCUCCAGAGGACACUGCUGCUGGUUUAGGUUGCUGCACCAUUUUCUUUUUGGAGUCGUGUUGAUUUUCUUUGCAAGGAAGUGCACAGUCUUAGCUGUGGUUAGAACAGAGGCACCAUAAUGAGCAGCAGGAUAAAGCAGUUUAGGCAUAGUGAUGCUCUUUGCAAAUGCUGCUGCUGCUGCAGCAGCUGAAUCCAGAACCCACAUAGGUUAAGAGCCAGUUCCGUCCCAGGCAGCCAAGCACUUAGAGAAAUCGAUGCGAACAAAUCCGAUGUGUACACAACCACUACACUAAGCAUUUGGAGAAUACUCAGAUGUUCAGCAACCUUAGAAUGUUCAUGCAUUUGAAGCUUUUUAAUUCUUUUCGGGCUUCCUGUCACACACAAGUACUAAUGUUGUGGGAGAGGACAGGAUGCAAGACACCCAGAUGUCCAUGACAACUACAGGGGACUCUGUAUGUGUGUGAAUGUGAGCGUGACUGUAAGCAGGUAAAAAAAAAAAAAAAAAAAAAAAAAA